CCCACAGGCGUUGAAAGUAAUAUAAUUUACUACUGACGAUACGAUUUCUGGAGAAAGUUUUCUGUUUUUUUGCCCUAGAGCGGAACUAAUACGUGUACAAUUUUUCAAAAUGAUACGAACAAUUGUUAUUUCUUCGAUUUUGUUAUGCUUUGUGUCUUCAGUGAUGGGUGAAAUAUGCCGAAAUCCAACGGUCAAAGAGACUUCUUAUACUACAGUAGAUGGCAUAGUAGUUUCUGAUGUUGCUUUAAUCACAGAAUUCUCAGUCAAAUGUGAUUCUAGCGUUAAGGAUUUAACUCUUUAUGCAGACGUAAAUGGAAAAACUCUUCUGGCUGUCAAAUCUCCAGAUAGCUCCAAGUAUCAAGUUAGUUGGUCAGAAGACGCCGCUAAAAUUUCAAGUGGUCAGCAUAACAUCAAAAUAUAUGAUGAAGAAGGUUUUGCAAAUCUAAGGAAGGCCCAGCGAAACGGGGAGGAUAUUUCUGGAAUUCCUUCUGCAUUUUCAAUUUCUGUUUAUCAUGCAGGUUCUUAUUAUGGACCAUCUGUUCAAAGUGAAUUUUGGGCAGCUGCUUUCAGCAUAGUUUUGUGGUACAUCGCCUUUUCUGAAAGGUCUAAGCUUGUAGCAUGAUCAUUUACUAAGUGGUUUUGUAAAAAAAAACAUCGAUUAAAAUCAUUCAAUAAAAUUUUAUAAGAAUUGA